AUGCCCCGCCGGACCCACCAACAGCCAGCGACAAGCACAGACAUAUUAUACAGUUGCAUCGCUGCACAGAAGGCGCUCAAUCCGGAUCCGGGGAAACCAGCACCACUUAGACCACUCAGACAGCACAGAACGACCCUGACCACAACCAAAGGGCGGAAGACGCACCAGCAUGGACAGGCCCCGGCGAGCUCGGCGACAACACCCCAACGCCGAGCCUACCCCCGGCUCCAGCCCCAGAGCACACCCGACAUCGCCCGGACUCCCAGCGGCACCACAGGAACAUAUCCUCAAGGCCACACCAUCACAGGCUACACCAAAGUUUCCAGCACCGAGGAACAUGCACAGAGACAAUCCCCCCGACACGCCGAUUGA